AUGUCCCACCACAUUACAUGGCGACCUGGGAUGCCCCAUCAUGUCGUAUCAUCACGCUCGUCUCCAAGAAUGUCGAGGUCUCGGCGAAGGGGCCGGUCGGCAGAUAGAGGCAUUCCGAGGUUUUUGCUACAAUCUCAUAACGAGAUCCGAAGAAAGUUCUUGGAACUCGAUUACCUACAGGGCGAACGCCUAACCCAGAGUCUUGUGAACACCCACGAAGACUCCAAGUGGCGGCUCGACGACUCACCUGAAGUCAGCUCUCGAAAUAGAUAUUCCAACAUUGCGGCGUGGGAGUACAACCGCAUCAAGCUGAAAGUGCCCGAGGAGCACUGCGACUACAUCAAUGCUUCUCCAAUCACAUUGACUAGUCGUAAGGAUGAUUCUGUCAAGCGAUAUAUCUGCACUCAGGGCCCGAAAGAAGGACAGUUUAACCACAUAUGGCGAAUGAUUUGGCACGAGACCGACGACGUUGCAGUGAUUGUGAUGCUCACGAAGACUUUCGAGCUAGGGCGGGACAAGUGCUUCCAGUACUUCCCAGAGAAGGUUGAGGAUGAAGCGUGGGCAAUUAAUGGCGACGACGAGUUUGGAGAUGGGUUCAGUGCGACUAUCAAAUGUGUCGAGAAGACCAAGGACAAGCGCAGCUCGUGCACAGUACGGAAAUUGAUCCUGAAGGUCGGCGAUAAAGAGAAGACAGUAUGGCACCUGCUAUUCAAGGGAUGGCCGGACUUCCAUGUGCCGGAGGGUGAAGACCGUAAUGCACUCCUGGAGACCGUGAAGCUAGCAAACGAGAAGAACAGUGGUCCCCAUAAUCCACUCAUUGUCCAUUGUAGCGCCGGUGUUGGCAGAUCGGGCACUUUCGUAACACUUGACCACUUCAUCCGCGAGAUUGACGCCGGCGCGAUUGCUGCCGACGAGCGCGAGGAUCUCAUCUUCGAGACCGUCAACCAGCUCCGCGAGCAGCGGAUGUACAUGGUGCAGAGCCACAUGCAGUACGAGUUUCUGUACCAAGUGCUCAAGGAGAAAUUCCAACGGCGGGGGAAGUCAGCUUCGCCUCCGGCCCAUAUCGUCGAAUAG